AUGCCCUCGCACUUGACCCGCCUCGUCUUCCGCAACAUCAUCGCCAACGAGCCUCUGCUGUACCGAGGAUGCCGCUACCGAGCCGUCCGACCCCGCGUCAUCACCCAACAUGGCGCCCGAUUACUGCCCCAGACGCAACGGCGGACUUUCUUCGGGGAACUGUUCAAGCAAAAGCGGAAGCUCAAGCCUGCAGAGGCGCCGCCGGGUCUGAAUACAAUGGCUGAGGUGUCAUAUAAGCGGGCGAAUGACCUCAGGCCGCCGGCACCGAAGGAUGUUGUGGAUGCGAUCAAGGAAUUCUUUGCGCAAAGAAAAGGGACGUUUGAGGACUGGCAUGUGGGGACCGCGAUUGAAGCUCUCAAAUAUCUGCUAGAGAACCCAAGAGAAGACGGGAAGCCAUGGUUGAGCCGAAACGACCUGGAUAAUAUCUUAGAAAAGGUACUGGACACGUCGAAGCGGCCGGAGAUUCUAGGGAAAGCGCAUAUGGUCUUUGGGCGGCUCGUGGUUGGCGAGUUGGCAAAAUCUGAGGAACAAGAGCCCGAGAAAGCUGGAGAGAAGAAGACGAAGGAACUGAAGGUCCCCUUUAAGAUGUACAUCGACUCGAGGCAUAUCCAGGUUCUAUCCGCGUUCGGUGCGGCUACUCAGGCAAGGGACAUCGCGAUCAGUGCGUGCAAAUACGACAAGACAGCGAAUGCCUUGAUACGUGGCGCCGUGGUCUCUAGCUGGAACACAGUGCUUGGAGGAAUCAUUCGGGAGAACAAUCUGACCGAGGUCUCGAAAACGGUGGAUGCUUUCACAGAAGCCUCGCUUCCAUUGACCAGGCCUGCGCAAAACAAACUAGUGGCAUUCUAUGCUGAGCGUGGAGACCUGGAAAAAGCCAAAUCUUGGUACUCGCAACCCGUGCACACCAAAGUCGGUCACCAGGUUACGCAGCCGUCAGGCGGCACGAGUUCUGCUCUGCUAAAGGCCUGCGCCGCAGCAGGCGAUCUUACCUAUGGUCAACAGGUGGUAGCUAGCAUGCUCAAGGUUGAAAUGCCCUCGAAACCUGAGUGGGAUGCAAUCUUUCUCUGGUCUGCUGCUAUCGGCAAGGGUCCAGAUGAAAUCGCUCGGAUGAUCAACGUGCUGAUUCGCAGAAAUGACGAAGCACGACAAAAGGAUCCUAAAGUCCCUGUAAUCCGCCCAGACACCGAGACCAUCAAUGCGUUGGUAGAGCACUGUAUGUCUAAGCAAGACCCUUACCUGGCGGAGCGCUAUAUUGUACUGGGAGAGAAGUUUGGCAUUCACCCCGACGAGACGACCUAUACGAUGCAGAUGCAAUACCGCAUCUCCGUCGGCGAUCUCGAUGGAGCCAGAUCUGCCUACUUCAACCUGCAGGGUAGCUUUUCUGGGGACGAGCGCAGUGUCGCAGUCGUCAAUGAGCUGAUUCAAGCACUGUGCGUAUCAAAACAGCAUCACUUCGAUGAGUUAAUGGCCAUGGUGGACGAUCUGCACGAGCGCAAGGCCAGCUUUGCCCCAGAAACUGUCGCAGCGCUGACGCUGUUGCAUCUUCGGAGGGGCGAGAUCCACGACGCCAUGGAUCUUCUCCAAGUACACGCACAUCAGUACUCGCCAGAACAGCGGACGAUCAUCCAGAAGGCGCUUUCCAUGUUCAUACUGGAUGGCGAGACUAGCACCGCAGAUGCCUGGGACGGCUACCAAAUCCUGCGCAACGUAUUUGUCGAAACGCCCCGAGAAGACCGCAUACCAAUCAUGAACGGCUUCUUCGCCAGGAACCGUUCCGACAUGGCCUGCCACGUCUUCUUCCACAUGCGCAACCACGUCAGCCCGACUCACACCGCAACAAGAGACGUCUACGUCGCAGCCUUCACUGGCUUUGCCCGUUGCCAAGACGCCGAGUCCCUCGAACUAGCACACAACCAACUCAAACUGGACCUGAACGUAGAGAUGGACACCAAACUCCGCAACUCACUCAUGCUCGCAUACGCCGCCACCGGAGAGAACCGCAAAGCCCUCUCCUUCUGGCGCGAGAUCUGCGAUUCCAAAGAAGGUCCCACAUACAACAGUCUCGCCAUCGCCUUCCGAUCAAGCGAGGGCAUGCACUUUGGCUCCGAACACGCAAAGUCCAUCUGGAAGCGCUUGAAAGACCAGGACGUCGAGAUUGACAAGAAUAUCUGGACGGCUUAUAUGUGUGCUGUCGCGCGGAAUCAUAAUCACGAUGAGGCGUUGGCGCUGGUGGAGUCUGUGGAGGAGGAGUAUGGGUUUACUCCUGAUUUGCAGAUGUACGUUUGA